GGUUCCAUACCACUCCCAUCUCCAUAUAUAACUGCACGAGAUUAGGAGCAGCAUUAUCUCCAAUUCUCCUUAGCCAGCUGACAAUUACCUUCCUUCUCCCACAGUUGCAAGGAAGUGUGAGAAGCUGCAGCUAAGCUUCCCCGCCUUCUUCCUCUAUUCAGAGCUGCAGUCUUCUUCAGAUACAAGAGGAAAGAUAGCUAGAACUUAGCAGAGAUGAAGCACCACAACAGCAGAUACCUUCCUCAAUCUUCACCUUCUGAUCACCCCUCUUUUGUUUCCGACCACCGGUCGGCGAUGAAGGAGAUAGCCAGGGGGCAGUCUCUGGUGACGCAGCUGAGGGCCAUCGUCCUUCCUGCGCUGCAGGCGGACCAACGCUGCGAGCUUGUUGCCCAGAUGUUCCAGAACAUUCUGGAUUGCUCCAGCAAGGCCAUAACUGAGCUACAGCUUCACCAUCAGUCUAAUGCUCGAGCUGAUGACGCACUGGUGGAUGACAAGAAGAGGGUGAGGAGGAUUUCUUCUGAUGACUGCAUCAAGGAGGAGGGUGCUACUGCUAACCUCCAUCAUCAGCACAAGAGAAGGAAAUCUGAUGAUUUGGUGUCACUCGAAACGCCUGUUCCACACUAUGAUGGCCGCCAAUGGAGAAAGUAUGGGCAAAAGCACAUCAACAAAGCGAAACAUCCAAGGAGCUACUACAGAUGCACCUACAGGCAGGAACAAGACUGCAAAGCAACAAAGACGGUGCAACAGCAAGAUGACAGCGCAGGUACUGAUCAUCCCGUGAUGUACACAGUCGUCUACCACGGCCAACAUACUUGCAAGGACAACAAUGGCGUCGAAUCAGGCACCGAUGACUCUGAAACAAAUACUCAAGGCAGCAGCGACAGCCGAUCCAGCAUAUCAACCACUUGUACAGAUGCCUAUGAACAUCAGACAUCCCUAGAUGACAAUAAACCUCUUGACAAAUCUGCAGAUUUGAUCACGAAGAACUGCAUGUAUGAGCCAUUCGACAUGUCUGCUUUUGCACCUUCGGAUUCGGACAGCUGGGAGUUGGACGCCCUCCUAAGAUUUGGAGCCUGAUAAUCAAGGUUAAACCAAAAGCUGGUGAUCAAUUGAUAAUAUUUUUUGUAUUUUACUCCUCUGUUAAUACAUAGACUGGCAGUUUAACCUGCUGGCUCCUGUUUUUCUAAAAAAGAUAAUAUGAAAUGAAGAGAGAGACUAAGGUAACAUGUCAGUUUUGUGUGUUUGUACGAAGCAGUCAUGAACAAAAGAAAAGGCAGCAUUCUUCCCCUAUAGCUAAAGGUGGGUUGCAA